AAAAAGGGCACAUUCUCAGAGUGAUAAUCUUAAAAGGGAACGCAGCUUCAGUAAAGGGAACAGUUUUACCUCCCUCUUCAGAAGGACUGGCUUCUCAUCUUUGUUGGAUUUGAACUUAAAAAUUAGAACAAUCACAGUUUGAACCUUUAGCUUUUCCUUAAUUAUAGUUUAGGUUGGAGGAGGAGGGUAAAAUGGGAAUAUUAAAGGAAUAUUCCUUUUUCCUAAAUCUCUUUUAUCUCAAACCAUUUGGCUUGAGUGGAAUAGUGACACCUAAGAUUUUUUUAAAAUUCCAUUAGCAUCCACAAUCCAGAUUUAUACCCCUUAUGUCCCUCAUAACUAUGUAUGAUAUUGAUCUGUCCCUUUGAAUUUAUCCUCAAAUUCUCAUUCCACCGAGGCUUCUUUAUUACUCUCUAGUCCAGGGCUGCAAAGAGUUAAAGUGUCUGAGAUACUAUAAAGUCCCAAAUCCUAGAGCGGUCUCAGACUGUCCGACAGGAAGGAAUUCCUGUUAGACUUCCUGUUCUGGACACUGAGGACAUCGAGACUAGGAGUCAAAGAGGGAUUAAGCAUUGAUUCUCUAGUUCCUUUUCCGGCCCCCAGGUAAUACUUGUUGGGUUUUACUAAUAUCUUCGGGUACAACAAUGCACCCCCUGAAGCCUUAUAGGGAAGAAAAUCCAUGAAAGAACAACUGAGGCAGCUGACAGUGAUAGAAUAAAGCUUCCAAGCAGAAGUGUUUACCAAAUCAGGAAUUUCCCCAGACCAAGUGGACAAUUACGUUUUAACUAAGAAGAAAAUUUAAGUUUAUCAAGAAAAUAAUAUUUUUGUAUACAGUCCUUCCAGAAAGCAAGAAAAGAUUACUUCUAUCCCUGCUUAGUCACCACCUCUGCUUUUAGGCAACCACCGUGUAAGGAAAAAGCUUAUUCAACAACCAGAAAGUCUGGUGCUGGAGGAAAGAAAACUACCAAUAUCCACCUCCUCGGAGUGCAGAGGAAAAUAUUCCCCACAUACCUCUUCUAACUGGCUCACCCUCUUUCCUCUUGAAUCUAGGAUUGCAGAAAUCAUUUGUUUCCUGUUAUUUCACCCACCCCUUUCCAGCUAUGUAUGGAACAGGAAAGCCCUACAAAUGCAAUGAGUGCAACAAGAGCUUCCGAUACAGUUCAGUGCUGCAUCUCCACCAGCGCACACAUGCUGGAGACUGUUGCUACCGAUGCCUAGAGUGUGGUGAGGGUUUUGCACAGAACGCAGAGCUUAGGGCCCACCAGCGUACACAUGCUGGUGAGACCCUCUAUAUCUGCAAUGAGUGUGGCAAGAGCUUCCAUCAGAGUGUCUAUCUAGAUCUACACCAGAGUACCCAUACUAGAGGCAAGCCCUGCAAAUGCCAUUCCUGUGGGAAACGCUUUCCCUAUCAUUCUGCCCUCUAUUGUCACCAGAGACAUCACCCUCGUGAAAAGCCUUAUCGAUGCCCCAUCUGUGGAAAAAGCUUCCGUCAGAGUGCCUAUAUCUUUCACUAUGAGAGGGCCCAUGGUGGUUCUAGUGCUCUCACUGCAGAUGGGCUCCCUUCAGGGCCAGAGGCCAGUGAAGAUAGAUUUAUUGUUCACACAGGCCCUAUCCUGCCUGCCCCAUUGCACCCUGAAGAAAAAUCCUAUCAGUGCGGUGAGUGCCAUCGCAGUUUCCGAAGUAGCUCAGGGCUGCUGAAACAUCGUCGUGUCCAUGAAGCAGGAAAGCCCUCUAAGUGCAAUCAGCGCGGAAGGAGGUUUGACAAUGGGGAACAGCUCUCUGCACAUCAGAAGCAAAGCCACAGUCAUAGACAUAGGAGUGGAGCCAAGGUGGAAGGAGCCCACAAGUGCCUUGUGUGUAAGGAAGUCUUUAAGCAGGCAUCAGAACUCCGGGUCCACCAGGCGACACAUGGAAUGACCCGAGUCCAUCGGUGCAGUGUAUGUGGAAAGAGCUUUAGUAAAAGCUCAACCCUGACACGACACCUGCAGACACAUUCUGGAGAAAAGCCGUUCAAGUGCCCCGAGUGUGGGAAGUGCUUCACAGAGAGUGCCACACUGGUACGACACCACCGAAUUCAUACAGGGGAGAAGCCUUACGCCUGCCCAGACUGUGGGCGGAAAUUUAGUGAAAGUUCCACACUAAUGAGGCACCGUAGAAGCCAUAAGGGAGAGAAGCCACACCAGUGUACCACCUGCGGCAAGAGUUUUGGGCAACGAUCAGAUCUGAUUGUUCACCAAAGGAUUCAUACUGGGGAAAAGCCCUUUCCUUGCCCAGAGUGUGGCCGACGGUUCAGUGAUCGCUCAGACCUCACAAAGCACAAGCGCACGCACACAGGUGAAAAGCCGUACCGUUGUGAGGAAUGUGGCAAGUUCUUCACAUGUGUUUCCAACCUAAAUGUUCACAAGAGGAACCAUGCUGGUGACAAGCCCCACAAAUGCCCUGAAUGUGGCAAGUGUUUCAGUGUUGGCUCCAAACUGGCGCUUCACCGGAAGACCCACCAGGGUGAACGCCCUUCAGAGUGUGCUGAGUGUGGAAAGUGCUUUAGCCAUAGCCGAUCACUGUCACAGCACCUGAGGGCCCAUGCCCGUGCCAGGGCAGCUGCAGGAGCCACUGCAGGUGGUUUGGUUGGGAUUGCACCCACCUUGAUCUUUUCAGUAGAUCCUGGCCAAGAAAAGUCGGGCCUAAGGGUAACAGAAGUAGGAGAGAGGUACUGAAGCUCCUAGGUAAAAAGCACUUACUCACUUUCCCUCUAACCUCCUGAAAGGAAGUCUGGAGGAAAGUUUUGACUAAAUAAUGGGAAAAGAUAGUAUUGGGGCUGAGCUUGCUCUGCCUUCUUCUGUCCUUCCCAUGUAUAUCUUCCUUCACUGCAUUCUCAGUCUCUUUUCUCAUUUGCUGUAUAUCUUAGUUGUCACCUUUUUCUGGGUGCGCAUUGUGCCUCUUCUAGUCUCUUUACACUUCCUCAUAUCCCAUCUAUCAUCUUUCUGUAGUAUAGGUAGCAGUGGAUGUAGUAGAAGUCAAAUUGAAUUAACCCUUCUCAGCCUGCAUGGGAGAGAGAUCCCAAACACAUUAAAAAAAAAAAAAAAAACCCACAAUGUUUUUAAUCUUUGCUUAUUUGUUCCAUCUUUGUCUAUGCCUCUCUUUCCUCUGUCUGCAUCUUUUAUGUUUAUUUCAUUAUCUUUUCCCACCCUCUCAGUAUUAUUGUGUCUCCAUUUGUCCUUGAUGGCCUGGGUUUUUUUGUUUUUGUUUUUUGCUUUCUGUCCUUUCUUAACCCUCUUCUAUAAUUCUCUUGUCUUUGCUCUCUUUUUUCUCUAUUUCCAUAUAUGUUGGCCCCUCCAUUUCUGUGGGGUUAACGGAAAGAGAAAAUUGAGAAAAAGAGUUGUGAGUGAAAUACAAGGGAUGAGAAGGGUAGGUGUGAAAAUAUAAAAGAUCUGGAAAAAGACCCCCAAAAUAUUGCCACAUGCCAAAAUAAUAUACCAAUGCUAAAAUACAUAUCAGUACAUGUCAGAAAUAGCCUUAUGUCAGUGAAAUUCAAGGGAAGGAAUAAAGGGUAAACAUGAGAGUCCUUGCAAACAAUCCUAAGCCAUCCCCAUCACAAAUCCUGGUUCGGUCAAAAUAUAUAGAUUGGCAAAUUAAAGUUCUGUGCUUCUAGAUCGAGAUAGCCGGGAUUCCACACAUAUUGAGGGGAAGGGAGAUAAGCCAAGAGCUUACCCUAUAUUUCCUUUAUUUCACUCUCCAUUGGAACAUGAAAGUGUUUGUAAUUUACAAGGCUAUUCUGUGGCACCCUGAUAGCCACAGUCUUCAUCCUUAAUGACACUGAAGAGUAUGGAGGAACAAGAAUAAAGAAAAUCAGAAGAAACUCCUAGGAUAUCCCUUUUUCCCUGUAACUGCUCUUUAGAAUAAAGGUGUUUUUUGUGCCUGA